CAGAGAUCCAUCAGUGAGAUGAAGCGGUUGGAGGAAAUGUCGAGUGUGUUUCAGAGCUCUGGAGUUGAGCACCACUCCCCAGAACCAAAACCCCAGACAGAAGGGACUGAAGACUCCGCGGGCAAAGAGCAGCCUUGGGAAAUGGUGAUGGAUAAGAAACACUUUAAGCUGUGGCGGCGCCCAAUUAUAGGCACUCAUCUGUACCAAUACAGAGUUUUUGGAACCUACACAGAUGUGACACCCCGACAGUUCUUCAAUGUUCAGCUGGACACAGAGUAUAGGAAAAAGUGGGAUGCCCUGGUCAUCAAGCUGGAGGUGAUCGAGAGGGAUGUGGUUAGUGGCUCGGAGGUUCUUCACUGGGUGACUCAUUUUCCUUACCCAAUGUAUUCUCGGGAUUAUGUGUACGUUCGACGGUACAGUGUGGAUCCGGAGAACAACGUGAUGGUGUUGGUGUCACGAGCUGUGGAGCACCCUAGUGUGCCUGAGUCUCCUGAAUUCGUCAGGGUCAGAUCCUAUGAAUCGCAGAUGGUUAUCCGCCCCCACAAAUCAUUUGAUGAGAAUGGCUUCGACUACUUGCUGACCUACAGUGACAACCCCCAGACUGUUUUCCCGCGCUACUGUGUUAGUUGGAUGGUGUCCAGUGGCAUGCCAGAUUUCCUGGAGAAGCUGCACACGGCCACACUGAAAGCCAAGAACAUGGAGAUCAAAGUGAAGGACUACAUCUCCACUAAGCCUCUGGAGAUAGGUAAUGAGGCCAAGGCCGCCAGCCAGCCCUCUGAGCGGAAGAGCGAGAGUAGUCGUGGACCUGCACGGAUCGAGUAUGCCUGAGUGAGGGGCUUUGGGGCGCGGAGCAAGAGCCUGCCGCUCCUCCUGUCUCAGUCCUCUGUCCCUCUGCGGCACAACAGGACAGGCCACAAGUAUUAAAGGCAUCUGCCAGAACUUCCAGUGCACCAGUGCACAGUCACUCAGUAACUGCUGUCUGACUUGAUGCGGAGCCUUGACUGGUCUAUUGAAACAUUGAGAAGACGCCCCUGGGGACCUUGUCCUAUUCUCAGGCCAAGCAUUUUGAAAUUCAGUAUUUCACUGAGCUGAUCUGAACCUCACCUCACGUCCAAGGCGACACUGCCCCUUUGCUUCCUCUGCGGAUGCACCAGUUCCCACCAUCGGUUCUGCAGCGUUUUGGAUUUCCUGUAGCUCUGAAGAUCCCACCGGAAGGUGAAGCUGGCUGCAUGGUUCUUCAAAGAGGGAGUUACAGGAGUGCUCUUGGCCACUGUCUUUACUGUGGAAUGGAUAUGAAAUACUACAUUGUGGUGCAAGUGCCUUGUCUUCUCCUUGCAUCUGUCUUUAGGAAAUAACAUUUGUACCAAGAAAUGUCCCUCCCCCCUCCCCAAACUUGGCCUCCUGGCUUGUCCUUGGCCGUCACAGUGUCCCGUGAAUCUGACCAGCUCUUCCUUCAGAUGCCCUCAUUUUGUCCAUUUGGAUGAUUGCCGCCCUUCACCCCAUGUUCCCCGAGCACCGGGGAGGGCUCUUUUUUUCAUAGGAUUAGGCUUUUGAUGGGGCCACUGGAGAGGCUCAAAACUUUACUUUUGUAUCUAGUGGGGCUUCUUAUUUUUUUUGCUUUUAAUCUUUGUGUCAACAGAAUGAAUUGGGGAUUUGAACGGUAUUCCUCCACUGCACAGCCUCACAGUAUAGAGACACACUAGUUCGCUUCACUCAUUUGUUCUCUGCUUACACCUCAGGCUGGCUGCCCGGAUCCUGUGGGCACGUCUCCUCAGCCGGCUGAAGGCACAGAGGGGGGCUGUGCUGUGCUCUUCACUCGCAGCACUUACAACUUGACUCAGGCCACAUGCGAGGACUGCUGGUCCUGCCCCAGGUUAAUUUUCCUCCUCCCUUGAGAGCUAAAUUAAAAACAAGCUUGGAAAAAUAUAAAAACGAGCUAUGCGGUUCUGAUAAGGCCACAGUCAGUAUCGUGUGCGGCCUCACUGGUGUUGCUUAUGGUCACUGGGAGACCAGGGCUCAAGUUCUAAAUCCUCGCUCCCUCUCACUUUUAGCAUUUCAGUGACAGGAUUUGUUGCUAACUUGUUGCUCUCUUGUGACAUUGUAACAGGAUCUCACCGACUAACUGCAGCCCUUCCUCAGCACCUCUGCCAGUUAGGUCCCGUGCCAAGGAGGCAGCCGCCCAGUGCUUUUCGUCCUGCCCGAGCCCUUGGCAGAGCAGAGAUGUGGAGCGGGCCCGGCGGCUUCUCCGCGAUUGUUUUCUCAUCUCACCCCUGAGCCUGACUGAAGCCAGGGAGGAGCUUGCUGGGCUGCGUCUGUGCUUGGCGCCUGCGGUUGUUGGGCAUUGGUGGGGGCGGGAGAGCAUGUAUGUGGGCCCAUGCUAAGGAGUCGCUUGCUGCUUCGUGUGUGCUGAUUUAUGGUGGCUUGACUCUGCACUUGGGGUCUGUAUGUACAGUCACGUGUGUCGUUGUCAUGAUUUCACUUCUAACUCUGACAUUUUUAUCAAAUGUGUGAAUAAAUACAAAGAUUGGUA